AUGUAUGUAACUGAUCCGGUUUCAAUUGUCCUCUCUGUUGUCACUUGUGUUUUCCUGGCAAUUUUUGUGUUUGGGGAGAAGAAAAAAAAACAUCCAAAUUAUCCUCCUGGACCACCAUGUUUGCCUAUUAUUGGAAAUAUGCACCUUAUAAAUCUGAGUAAACCUUAUGUAACAUUUCACCAGCUUGCUGAGGAAUAUGGUUCAGUUUAUAGCCUACAGUUGGGACCUCAGAAGUUGGUUGUGCUCUGUGGCUAUGAGAGAGUGAAAGACGCGCUGGUCAACCAUGCUGAGGAGUUUUCUGGAAGACCACAUGUGCCAGUUUUUAUAGACAUAGCCAAGGAACAUGGUCUUAUAUUCUCUAAUGGUAAUAACUGGAAAGCCAUGAGACGAUUCACUCUUUCUACACUGCGAGAUUUAGGGAUGGGGAAGAGAACAAUAGAGGAUAAGAUCACUGAAGAGUGCCACAAUUUGACAAAAGUUCUUAAAGCCUACAAAGGAAAACCAUUUGAAAACACCAUGAUAAUGAAUGCUGCUGUGUCCAACAUCAUUGUGUCUAUAUUGCUUGGUCAUCGCUUUGACUAUGAUGAUCCAAAACUUCGGAGGCUUUUGACAAUAAUCAAUGAUAAUGCCAGAAUUGCUGGUUCUCCAAUGGUUUUGUUGUACAAUGCAUUUCCAUCUCUGGUCCGAUGGCUGCCCGGGAAUCACAGAGAACUCAUACCAAAUGUAGAGGAAUUUCAUGAUUUUAUCAGAGAAACCUUCACCAAGCAGAGGAAUCAGCUGGAUGUCAAUGAUCAGAGGAAUUUCAUUGAUGUCUUCCUUGUCAAACAAAAGGAGGAAAAGCCAAGUCCAGAGUUAUAUUUCAAUGAUAUAAAUCUAACAGUUUUGGUGACGGACUUGUUUGCUGCUGGAAUGGAAACAACCUCCACCACUCUCCGAUGGGGACUUCUGUUGAUGAUGAAAUACCCAGAAAUACAAAAAAACGUUCAGAAGGAAAUUGAAAAAGUCAUUGGUUCCGGGGAGCCUCGCCAGAUACACCGAAAAGAAAAUGCCAUAUACUGA